UUGCCAACUGCCCUCCCUCUUCUAUGCGGCCCCUGGAGACACACCCCUGGGGCUCAUGCGCAAGCGCCGUUCUACCCAACUUGCGGUCGGCUAUCUCGUUACGCAUGCCUGGGCGGCGGCGGGGUGCUCUACGCAACUUACCGCCGGAAGUUCGGCGGCCAUCACCAAAGAGUGCAGCUGAAGAAACACUUAAGUUCUGGAAAUAGCGACUCAGUAUCAUGGCUGGCAGCCCUAAUGAAGAUUCAGAAGGAAGCAGAAUCACUUAUGUGAAAGGAGACCUUUUUGCAUGCCCCAAAACAGACUCUUUAGCCCACUGUAUCAGUGAGGACUGCCGAAUGGGCGCUGGGAUAGCUGUCCUCUUCAAGAAGAAAUUUGGAGGGGUGCAGGAACUGUUAAAUCAACAAAAAAAGUCUGGAGAAGUGGCUGUUCUGAAGAGAGAUGGGCGAUAUAUAUAUUACCUGAUUACAAAGAAAAGGGCUUCACACAAGCCAACUUAUGAAAACUUACAGAAGAGUUUAGAGGCCAUGAAGUCCCAUUGUCUGAAGAAUGGAGUCACCGACCUCUCCAUGCCAAGAAUUGGAUGUGGUCUUGAUCGUCUGCAAUGGGAAAACGUAUCUGCGAUGAUUGAGGAGGUCUUUGAGGCAACAGACAUCAGAAUUACUGUGUACACACUCUGAACAGAUGAGCAUUUUGGAUGUGUCUGCCUUCUGCGUCAUCUGGGCCAUAGGACUGAAGCAAACUGACCUUAAAAUGGUCAGAGGAAAGUUUCACGUGAAGUAGUGUGUCAUAGGCCAGACUUGGGUUGCUGUAUUUUCACGAUUGGACUGGGACUCUGGAGGAGGGGUUGCUUGGGAAAUGUUACUGGGAAAUUUUUUUUUUUUUUUUUUUUUUCCAGGAAGGUAAGGAGUAGAUGGCCUGAUAAUAGGUGAGGAAACCAAAUAUUGGGCCCAUGACCCCUGUUUUGCCUGGGAUGCUAUUUGAUAUGUUUGGGUUGCCACUGGGUGGCAGCAUUGCUUCUACUUCUCUGCUGUUGAAGAGAAAUUUCAGGAUGGAUGAACAUUUUAAUUUUGCAUCUUUUGUCAUUUGUGCACUUACUUGGUGUUAUCCUUAUGUCAUCAGAUUCAUCCUAGGAGAGAAUUACGGGUUUGGUUUUGUUUAAAUUACAAAAGAGAGUUUUAUGUUAUCAGCAAGGCAUUUGUGGUGACAAGAAUGGAAAAAUAAAUCUCUUUUUUGGGGGGUCCAAUGCACAUUGGAGGUUCUGUGUGCAUGUCUGUGUUGUUCUGGACUUGGGUAAUGGAGGAUUCAUCUGUAACUUAAUUUGGAGGAGUCAGAUAGAGGGUCCAGUAGGAAGAGCAGCAAGGUGAGAAUAAGACAUGAGAAUGGGCGGGAGCUGUGGGUCAGCACACUGGAAAGGCAGGCUUUUAGAGUCUCCUCGUGGUGAACUCUUGCUCUCUUCUGUCCCCCAUAUAGUUUCUGCGAUUGAACCCGUCUGAAUUCAGUCAUGAAACAAAUAAUAUAUGUGAAAUACGUGGCAAAGUUCUUAGUGUGGAGUAAUGACUCAAUAAAUCAGCAGUUCUCAACAAAACCCAUAUGAAUCUCUUUAAAAAAAAAAAGGCCCAUUUACUCCAAAAAGAAUUGUAAUUUGGUAGUGGGGGGCAGGGGAGAGUAGCCAGGGUUCUUUGUGUUUUUAAGCUCCAGAGGAUUCUGAUGUGUAGCCAGCUGGGAUUGAAACCAGUAAAUAUUAGUCUUCUUUUCUUCUAAGCUAAGAGAGCAGUGCUUUGUCCACUCUUGAUUUCCAUGGUGGAAGAAUAAGGUUCAUGGGUUUAACCAGUGGUUCAGUAUCAGAGGUAUAGGGAAAACUAGUAGUAUGUUUCAACCCUCUGCUCCCUUACUGUGGUGUGGAGUUCAAAGAGACCUACUAUUGAUUUUCUCCCUGGAGUGAAUUCUGGGUCUGUCAUAGGACUUGCUGCUUUCCCAAAUGUUAAAAAACUGGAUUUUAGAAGGGGCUUGUUGAAACACCAGAAAAGCACUGGUUAAAUAUAAUCUUUGUACUUUAAAUGUGUACUUAUCACAUCUCCGCCUGAUAUGAGGCAGCAGUUUCAAAAGUAUUUCACUUCUUUUGUAUCUCUGUGUGUAACAGACAAGUUCGCCAUGUUGUUGGGGAGGGGCAAUGCCGGGGCAAGUUCAUUGUCAAACUUAGAUUAAGGCUUUUCUUGGAACUUGGUUUCUGUUCACAAACACACAGUAAAAUUGAAGGAAAGAAAAAGGGAGAGAAUGUCUAUACAAAACUGAAAAUGAGUGGGGUGGUAAGAGGAAACAGAAUUAAAGUAUUUUGCUUAACUAUGCAAAUAAAUCUUAACACUGGGUCAAAACAUUGGUUUUCUAGGCUCCUUCCACAUUUUAAGGGGUUAGUGUCAAUUUUUUUCAUGGAGUAUGAGCCUUGUUCAUAUUUGUUUUAACAAAACCUAGCCUUGUGGAGGUCUGGCUGUGAGUAGAAUGCAGCAGGGAUGUGAUAAAGUACUUUGUCAUUUGCAGAUAGUCUUGGGGUCAAAUUCCGAUGACUUAUCACACUUGAAGCCUGGGGAAUGGAGGCAUGGCCUGAUAAUCAGAAUGGACACAUUAUUCCUGGAAACCUAGUUGGAGUCUGGGAAACACCCAGAAAUUCACAUGUGAAAUUUUACUUCUACAUAAGGACUCAAACAAGCCUUUUAAGAAAUGAGACAUUUGACACCAUCCUGCCAUUGCCAUCAAGUAGCACAUACUGACUACUCUUAAAGCGUUAUGUGUAUCUGAACAUUGAAAUCCUACUUCUCGCCCUUUCCUCUUUAAUCAAGGGGCUAAUUGCUUAUGAAUUGGCAACUGGGAUGUUUAUAUACCUUAGAAACAGAUUUCUUGUGCCUUUUGUUUCAUCCUGUGCCAUAUUCCUUGUCUUCAGAGGAGGGAAAAGAUACUCAUUUAUGAGUUAUCUCAGAAGAAAAUAUUUUAUGAAGGUCAAGACCAAGGUGUGAAGUCUGCAUGGGAGAGUUAGUACAUUCCGUGUUGCCUAGGCAAGUUCUGGUUUAAGCCUUCCUUGCACUUUAUAU